UCAACAUGGAGUCUACCGACAAACCGACUCAAAACACUGUGAAUAAUCCACAACGUCUGCGCUUCUUACUCCGAUGAAGAUGGAGGAAGUAGCCAGUGCUGCUCUAGCUUCCAGCACCACUGGCGUUUCAAAAUGGACCGCCGUACUGGCAUGUACUACCCUGGCGCUAUCUUACGUCGCAGUCCUAUAUGCUCCGACUAUGAUUCUCCGCUUGCCACCGGCUAAUUCCUUUAAAUCGUUCAUGGUUCGCCGGUUCAUAUGUGCUGCCGUUUCCACCGUCGCCUCCCUCAUGGCCUGCUCUAUCAUCCUCCCUAUAAGGUGGAAUGCAUCAAACUUGCUGCAGGCUUUUGGUAUCAGAGCAGACCACAUAUGGCAAGCUGUUGCCUAUCCUCUAUCUUUAACCGCUCUUAUGUAUGUUGGAUCUCUCACGAAGGGUUUGCUGCUAUUGCGUUCCUGCAAUGAUAAUCAGAGUGAUGGUAGAAGGGUUUUGUCAGUGUACAUUAAAACGAUUCCGAAAAUGCUCAUAAACUCAGUUUUUUCAAUAGCAUCUAAUGUCUCAGCUUGGCGUAAUUAUUUUGUGGCACCACUCACAGAAGAGCUUGUUUUUAGAGCUUGUAUGAUCCCUUUGCUUUCUUGUGGAGGAUUCAAUAUGUAUACUGUCGUGUUUCUUUGUCCCAUAUUUUUCAGUUUAGCUCAUUUGAACCAUUUAUUGGAAUAUGCCCAGCAGAGAGGCAGCUUGCUCAAAGCUUUUAUGGUUGCAGGUUUCCAGCUUGGCUACACUGUCAUAUUUGGAUCAUAUGCUUCCUUUCUAUAUGUUCGUACAGGGCAUCUGGUUGCACCUCUUGUUGCUCACAUCUUUUGUAAUUAUAUGGGCUUGCCCGCCAUAAAUUCUCCUCAAUCAGGAACAAUAACAUUGGCAUUUCUAGCUGGGCUACUGGGAUUCUACUGGCUUCUUUUCCCAUUAACCAGCCCACAACUUUAUAACAAUAGAACAGAUAGUUGCAACUGC